UUCAGUUGCGGCUGUACCGGAUAUCAUCCGCGGGCCUUUCUACUGCGAAACCUAACGCAGGUGCUGCUCGUGCUUGUUGGACUGUGCGCGCGCUCGCUCUUGAGUUUCAGUCGAAACAGGUUGGACCAGGACACACCUGCACGAAGGAGGAGGAAGAAAAGCUUCGUGUGCUUCCAGUGCGCUCAUUACUCCAUUUUGGACGUCGGCGGUGACGGACAGAGCAGAACUCCAGCAGCGGGAAGCUUCUUCGUUUAUUUGCUUUCAGGGCUUUUAAUUAUCAUGAAGACCUGGAUUGCUCUUUUUCUUGCUGCCUUCGUGGCGGGAGCCACAGCUCAAAGCUGUCCUCCGUGUAGAACUAUGAAGUGGGCCAACUGCGACGGAUCACCGUGUGUGUGUCCACUUCCCGUCUCAGAAAACAUGACACAGACGUUGGACUGCGACAAUUUGAUUCCUAAGUGCUUUUUGAUGGGAGCCGAGAUGUACAGAGCUAGAAAAGGCCUCAGUACCCGCUCUGGGACAAAGCCGACCGAGGACGCCAUUGUAGACAAUGACGGCAUCUAUGACCCAAUCUGUGAGAACAGCGGCCGGUUCAAGGCCAAGCAGUGCAACCAUACGCAGGAGUGCUGGUGUGUCAACAGUGCUGGUGUCCGUCGUACAGACAAGGGAGACGUGAACAUGAAGUGCGAUAAGCUGGUGGAGACCUUCUGGAUCCGUCUGCAGCUGACACACCUGCCUGUGUCAGGUCAAGUGGAUGCAACCUCUUUGAAAACUGCCUUAGGAAGUGCCAUGAAUGCCCGUUACAAGUUUGAUGCAAGCUUGCUGCAGGACUUUCAGUAUGACCCUACUGCGCGGAUGAUUUUGGCAGAUAUCAAAAAGCCAAAAGGAGAUCGUGCCAUUGACCUGGCAACAACUGCCUACUACAUGGAGAAGGAUGUGAAGGCACUGCCACUGUUCACCAAACAGGACAACUUCACAGUUCCAAUAAACGGCCAGAACAUGCUGAUGGACUCAAUCCUGGUGUACUAUGUGGAUGAGGAGCCUCCAACCAUGACCAUGAGGUACCUCUCUGGUGGGAUCAUCGCCGUCAUUGUCGUGGUGGUGCUGGCUGUGGUGAUUGGCCUGCUGGUUCUGUUCUUUGCCAGAAAGCGACUGACUAAAUACAACAAAGCUCAGCAACGGGAGAUGGAGCCCAUGUAAAAUCACUACUGGACUCGGGCUUUGUACAUCAACUUUGGAUUUAUUUUUGUGGUAGUAGUGGGGGGGUGUCUUUUUACUUGAGAAAUCCUGACCAUAAAGGAACAAUCGACUUUGUUCUACCGGUACUUUUUUUUGUUUUAUUUAUACACUGUGUAAAGUUUUCUUUCUUAUCGGUGUACCACAUACCUGCUUUUUAACAUGCCUGGCACAUGGUACAGUUUUAAUGUUUAGGACUUGUUAAAUGGUUUAAAUUCCACAUCAUAGAUUGUACAGUGUCUUUCUUACUAAUGUCUGUGAAAUGUUUUUAAUAAAAUGUUUUUAAACCCAA